AAUGCUUGGCAGAAAGGUGCUGAUCUGAUGGAAACCAAGUUCUUAGCCACUUUGUUGUCACCAAUACAUACAUCUCAAGACAAAUGGUGCUAUUGAUCACAAUGGCACCCUCCAAUGGAAAAGAAAAGAUGUAGUUACCUCCAGUUUUCAUAUGAAACAAAUCCACAACAGCUUCCGUUACAAACAAAGAAAGCCAACGGCAAGCCCAAGGGGGGGAAGUAGCAGCAAAGAAAGAAGUUGCCGUCCAAGCCCCAAAUUAUCUUUCCAUGUUCUCUUCACAACCUUCCAAAUCUCUUUUAAUCAUCAUUUUACCCGUCCCAUUUUGUCCAACACUCCAAUCCCUCCCUCUUCUGCAUUUAUAUGCAUUCAUUGCACUUCGCCCCUGCCAAAAUCCGAGUCCUCAGAAUCACCCGAAAAGGGUGGUCCAGAAAGAGCAGCUUGAUCCUUGAGUGGCUUGCGGCAAUGGCUAGGUUUCACCGGACAGGCACAAACAAAAGCCUGGAGAGCUUGCUGGACAUGGAUAAGUCAGCACAGGUGGCCAAGAUCAUCGUGGACAGGCAGCCAACCAGGAAGAUGAUCCCGGGGCAAGGGCUUGAGUUCAGUACCCUGUCUUACACUGUAAUCAAGAAGCAGAAGAAGGAUGGAGUGUGGAUCACCAAGGAAGCUUACCUUCUCAAUGAUAUCUCUGGGCAGGCCAUGAGAGGUGAGAUCAUGGCCAUCGUGGGACCUAGUGGUGCUGGGAAAUCCACAUUCCUUGAUGCCUUGGCUGGAAGGAUAGCACAAGGCAGCCUUGAAGGAUCUGUCAGAAUUGAUGGAAAACCAGUGACAACUAGCUACAUGAAGAUGAUAUCAUCUUAUGUAAUGCAAGAUGACCAGCUCUUCCCCAUGUUGACGGUCUUUGAAACCUUCAUGUUUGCUGCUGACGUUAGGCUCCCACCUUCCCUUUCCAGGGCGGAUAAGAAGCAGAGAGUCCAUGAGCUCCUUGACCAACUGGGGUUGCAGAGUACAGCACACACAUACAUCGGAGAUGAGGGGAGGAGAGGAGUGUCAGGAGGUGAAAGGCGAAGGGUUUCUAUAGGAAUCGACAUUAUCCACAAACCUUCCCUGCUGUUUCUUGAUGAACCCACUUCAGGUCUUGACUCAACAAGUGCCUUCAGCGUGGUGGAGAAAGUGAAGGACAUUGCUAAAGGCGGAAGCAUUGUCCUCAUGACUAUCCACCAGCCGUCCUUCAGAAUCCAGAUGCUCCUGGACCGCAUCACAGUCCUUGCAAGAGGGAGACUGAUAUAUUUGGGAAGCCCAACUGCUCUGCCUGCUCACCUCUCUGGAUUUGGAAGGCCGGUCCCGGAUAGUGGGAACAGCUUGGAAUAUCUCUUGGAUGUGAUCAAAGAGUAUGAUGAAUCAACAGUAGGGCUUGAUCCCCUUGUUUUAUACCAGCGAGAUGGCAUCAAACCUGAUCAAGUAGCCAGGACCCCUGUGAGAAAACCACCCAAAACUCCUCGAACUCCUAAUGGAAAGACUCCCUCAAUGAAGCACAUAAGCCUCAAUAGCCAUCAAUUUUCCAGUGGGAAUGUAUCAACUCGAUCAAAUUCAGCCCAGUUUAAUUAUCAUGACGACAACGACGAUGAUUUUGAUAACUCUCUAGAGCGCAGGACUGCUCCUACACCUAUGCAACUGCAGAGUGGCGUCUACAAUCCACGAUUAGCUUCCCAGUUCUACAAAGAUUUCUCAGUUUGGCUGUACAAUGGUGUCAAGGGGACUCCUCUCCGACCACCCUCCUGGACUCCAGCAAGAACACCAGGACGCACCCCUGCAAAGACACCAAGCUCUGGCGGAAGAAGCCAAUUCUCAAGCUGGCACCCAACUCCUCAGCAAACCCCUUCACACAUAAAGGCGCCUGUGGUUUUGAGCCCAUCCAUUGAAGAAUAUGAGCCUUCUUAUGAAGAUUUUGACACACAAGUCCUUGAUGAGCCGGAGCAUGGUCCCAAGUUUGCGAAUCCAUGGCUCCGGGAGGUUAAAGUCCUCUCAUGGCGCACUGCACUGAACGUUGUCCGAACUCCAGAGCUCUUCCUGUCCCGAGAAAUUGUCCUGGCAGUCAUGGCUGUCAUUCUAUCCACACUCUUCAAGAACCUCCAAGAUGCUAGUUUCAAAAACAUCAACAGGCUCCUCAACUUCUACAUCUUUGCAGUUUGCCUCAUCUUUUUCUCCUCCAAUGAUGCUGUUCCCACCUUCAUCCAAGAGAGAUUCAUCUUCAUCCGGGAGACUUCCCACAAUGCCUAUCGCGCUUCAUCUUAUGUCAUCUCCUCCCUCAUUGUCUACCUCCCCUUCUUUGCCAUCCAAGGUUUCACAUUUGCUGUGAUCACCAAGCUGAUUCUCCGCCUGAACUGCAACCUCUUCUACUUCUGGCUUAUCCUUUACGCCUCACUCAUAACAACGAAUGCCUAUGUGAUGCUGGUCAGUGCACUUGUGCCAAGCUAUAUCACUGGCUAUGCAGUUGUCAUAGCCACAACUGCUCUCUUCUUCCUCACCUGUGGCUUCUUCUUAAAGCAGUCUAAGAUACCCCCAUACUGGAGGUGGCUCCAUUACAUUUCUGCAAUCAAGUACCCAUUUGAAGCAUUGCUAGUGAAUGAGUUUGACGGCAAGCGUUGUUAUACGGGUAACAUAUCAGAACUUUCACCUGGUCCUUUGGGAGAUGUGACAACCAGUCAUCUUCAUAGACCUGAAUUGAAUUGCCCGUUAAUUGGAGAAGAUGUUCUGGCCACAAUGGACAUUGUUCAUCUGAAGAACAUCUGGUAUGAUAUUGCCAUAUUACUGGCAUGGGGAGUUCUUUACCGUCUAUUCUUCUAUCUGGUUCUCAGGUUCUAUUCCAAGAAUGAGAGGAAAUGAAGUUAGUAUGUGGUUUUCAGAUGUUGUGUGCCUUAAUUUCAUGUUGUCUUGUAGCCUUGAGACUUAAUCAAGCAAGGAAACCAUAAAUCUAAAUGUGUAUUUUUCAUUAAACUUACUGGAAAUUGGGAAGCCUACAGUG